GACAAAACCUGAAGCGUUGAAACAUUUAGAAGAAGAAGAAAAACAAGCCAAUGGAAUUGAUUCCUUGUUGGUUUGCUGUGUCUGUCAGCUAACUAAAAACUACUUUAAUCGCAAAUAUUGUCGUGUAUGUGUCCCAUGAACAGUGGACAAUGUCUACCCGUGCCCUACGAAGGCUCAAAGGAAAACAGCGGGGUCAGGAGGCCUUGGACCUCGGGGAUCUAACUUUGGGUGACAGCCCGGAGGAGCAGGCUGCGGGUGAAGAGGAGCAGCUGGACACGGCUAAUAGCAAAGCCAGCAGCCGAAAGGCAAAGAAAAACAAGGCUCCGAAAAACGUCGGCAACAUUUAUGAAUUGAUUGGUGAUGCAGACAACGAGGCAGAGAACAUCUCACCUGAUGAAGAGGCAGAGAAACCAGAUGGAAAUAAAACAAGUGGCACGGAAAAGAUUGAUAACCCAGGCAUUAAGAAACCAGAUCAAAAGCAAGAGGAUGUGUCUACAAAGCCUUUAUCUGGAGACAGAGUUAAAAAGAAGAAGAAAAAGAAGAAGACAAAGGUGAUACUAGAAGGUGGUCAGGAGGCUGUACCAGAUGAUAACAUUGAUUUAUUGCUGGAGAACCUGGAGCAGACCAAUGGUCUGAGUUUGCAAAAUGAGGAUUGCGGAGGCUCUGACAGAAGAUCUGUGCUACAUGUGGAGCACAGGAACCUCAACCCAGAGACGGAGCUGAAGAGAUAUUUUGGGGCUCGAGCUGUUCAGGGGGAUCAAAGACCUCGACAGAGAAACAGACAGUAUCACCGUAGCACCUGGAUGACCAGUCCUAAAGACAGCUGGCCUCGCUUCAGCCGCCCAGGAAUCUCAAUGACCUUACUGCAGUCAAAGGAUGGCAUUCAGUUCUUCACCUUUGAGCAUGGUCGGGACUACCAACAAGUACAGUUCAAGUUCCUGGAUGCUGUCGAGUCCAUGGAUCCCAACAACAUUGUGGCAUUACUACAACUCAACCCCUACCACAUUGAUUCCUUGCUGCAGCUCUCUGAUGUCUGCCGCAUACAGGAGGAUCAGGAGAUGGCCAGGGACCUCAUCGAGCGGGCCAUGUACAGCUUUGAGUGUGCCUUUCAUCCUUUAUUCAGUCUGACCUCGGGUACCAGCAGACUUGAUUAUCUGCGACCAGAGAACAGGGCAUUUUAUCUGGCUCUUUAUAAGCACAUGAUGUUCCUGGAGAAGAGAGGCUGCCCACGGACGGCUCUGGAGUACUGCAAGCUGAUCCUGAGUUUGGACCCAGACUCUGACCCACUUUGCAUGCUCCUGCUCAUCGAUUUCCUGACACUGCGCUCCAGAGAGUACCAGUCUCUCCUCCAGUUACAUCAGGACUGGGAGGAACACAGAAAUCUUUCUCAGCUGCCAAACUUUGCAUUCUCCACUGCACUCUGCCAUUUCCAUCUCAGUCAGCAGGAAGAUGUAGACCCUGAAGAAAGUGACAAAGAAAGACACAAAGCUGACCAGUUGCUGCAGAAUGCUCUCAUCAUGUUCCCCGGAGUCUUGAUUCCUCUACUGGAUCUCUGUACUGUGCAGCCAGAUCCCACUGUCACCUCACAUGCCUUCUUUGGCCCAAAGAGCCAGAUAGGGCAGCCCCCAGCCCUGGCUGAACUGACUGCUCUGUAUGUGGGGAGAACUCAUACCCUGUGGAGGGAGGCAGCAGUAAUGCUGUGGUUGGAAGAGUCUGUGAAAGAGGUGCUGCGUCGAGUUGAUGCCAAAGACCCACUGGUGGAGGACUGCCAAAACAAGAGAAAGCAAAGGUACCAGAGUGCACCAAGGAACAUCCAUCGUCACGUCCUCCUCUCUGAGAUCAAAGAAGCCACAUCAAGUCUGCCUCUGGAGGUGACCAGUCAGCCUGUGAUGGGCUUUGACCCUCUACCCCCACUGGACUCAGUGAUGUCGUACACCCGACCAGAGAGGCAGCACGUUGGUGCAACCAAUGAGAGUACGUUGUCACUGUUUUUCCGGUCUUUGCUGCCAAACUUCAACUUUCAGGGUGGACCGAGGCAGGAAGAUGACAUGGAAGUGGCUCGAGCCGGACAGGAGCUGAAUCAGGAAGUGAAUCGUCUGAUGGUGGCAAUGAGGGACAUGCUAGCAAACAUCAGGUUUCAAGAGCCACCGAGAGAGGACAACCCCUACAGAGAUGAGGAGGAGUGGGACUGAGAGAGGAGGGAGACAGAGGUGGAAAAAAAAUGACAUUAAGACAAAUUUAAAUAUUUAAUGUUUAUAGUAAUUAAGAAGACAUGAAAUGGGACUACUGAAUAGUAGUUUGUUUUAAUUGUCAGAAUUUCAGAGUACUAAAGUGAAAAGAGAUGAUUUGGUGUUACGAGCCUGUCCACUUCUCUGCUUUAGUGGCAUUGAUUAAAAAAAAAUUGACUCUGGAACAAUCCAGACAGUUAUGAACAUGGGGAACUUUGUUUCCAGAGUCUGAAAAUGGAUCUCUUAUGAACCUGUCCUGUCGCUGAAGUUGACAGUGUUAUUUGUAAUAAACAUUUAGCAGUUCCAA